CGCGCCCGGAACCACGACAUCCGUGUAAGUAACAGGGGGGCCGCCUGUUAUUCCGGCGUAAUAUAUCAUAUAUAAGCCCGGGACACCAUGAUCGGGACCUUCGGGGUUAGAAGGCGACUACACCUCGUCCCGCUAGGGCAAUAUAGACAACAGCGCCCUGCUUCGUCAUCAUGCGCUUCCUAAUCACGGCCUUCACCUCCGCCCUCGCGGUAUGCGGUAUCACCGCAGCGGGGCCACUCGAGAGGCGGGCGUCAUUGCAGCAGGUGACCAACUUCGGGGCCAACACCUCGGGCACCAAGAUGUACAUCUACGUGCCUAACAAGUUGGCGUCGAACCCUGCCGUCGUCGUGGCCAUACAUUACUGCACUGGCACCGCCAAUGCGUAUUACGCGGGCACGCCAUAUGCCAGCCUUGCGGAGAAGUACGGCUUCGUCGUUAUCUACCCGGAGUCGCCCUAUAGCGGCACCUGCUGGGACGUGUCGUCGAGGGCGGCCCUCACGCACAAUGGAGGCGCCGACAGCAACUCUAUCGUGAACAUGGUGUCGUAUGUGUUAGACAAGUACAACGGGGACAAAAGCCGCGUGUUCGUCACUGGGAGUUCGUCGGGGGCUAUGAUGACGAAUGUUCUGGCAGCGACAUAUCCCGAUGUGUUCGCAGCGGGUAUUGUGUAUGCUGGUGUGCCGGCCACUUGUUUCUACACAGGCACGGUAAACGGAUGGAACAGCACCUGCUCGCAAGGCAAGCUGGAUCUGACCCAGGAAUAUUGGGCCAACCAGGCGCGCAACGCAUAUCCUGGGUACAAUGGUCCGCGGCCGCGUAUGCGGAUUCACCACGGCACGGCCGAUACCACGCUCAACGUGCAGAACUACUACGAGACGAUCAAGCAAUGGACCGGUGUCUUUGGAUACUCGACUACUGCGUCCAAGACCUAUCCUAAUAUGCCUGCGAGUCCAUAUACGCGCUAUAUUUUUGGCCCAAACGUUGAAGGUGUACUAGGUUCGGGUGUGACUCACGAUAUCAAAAUCUUCGGCGAUGCUGAUAUGGAAUGGUUCGGUUUCACGGUGAGUGCUACCUCUAGAAGGCUUAAGUUGCUGCUGGAUUGGUUAGGCUGGAACGGUAAUAGGCAGGGUAGGAGGGAAACGGGCUGACAUAGGAUGUAGGGCUCUUCUCCAACGACGACGGCGAGCAGUCCGAGUUCGACGACCAGCGCGACGACCACCCCGACGGCCGGCGCAGGGGCAACACACUACGCUCAAUGCGGUGGAAUUAGUUGGUCUGGCGCAACCUCGUGCGCGAGCCCGUACACAUGCCAGAAACUGAACGACUGUAA